AUGUGCUUUGCCAUGCAGUGCCUCUGUACACUUGCAAUCACUCUUGUGACAGUGUCACGCGCUACAGGAGGCAUUCGAGGAUACAAAAAAGCGGAGCUUGCUGGAUCUGCUGGGCACAGCAACAGCAGCAACGUGAAGUUUAUGGACUUGGAGUAUUUCACCCGUAGUGAAGUUGAUGAACUCCUUGUUGAGAACGCAGCCGAUGACCAGCGCAUACAUUCUCUGGAGCAGGUUUUACGACCAGCAUUCCAGGCACUGCCAAAGAGCUCCGGGCUAUUGACUCAACACGCAGUCCGCUACGUACUUCACCGCUACUUCCUCCAGAGUCACGGUUGGCUUGUGAAAGGACUGGAGCCAGAAGGUGCUUACCAGAAGGCGCCCGAGGGAGUCAAAAAGGACUGGCAAAGUUGGGUUCCCUCUUAUUUGCUGCAACACUUUGACAUCGAGCAAGGCGUCAGCCUCAGAGAUCUUGCAGAAAUGAUCGCUGUCAUUGAAGACCUGGUGCGGAAGGAGUCGCACAGGCAGAUGGCAAAAGUGUAUGAAGCACUUGGUUUCUCAAUGACAGAUCCCUUGCCUCGAGAAGAUGCUGACCUGGCGAUGGACAUGUACCUGAUCAUUGUACUGACGGCCCGAAACAUCACAAUGGCAGAACCCACAAAGAACAGGCUUCGCCUUCAAGCCUUUCAGACGCGAUACCACGGUUAUGCUGACAUGCAUGAAUGGCUUCGAGAUUUAGGCCAGAGGUACUUUGAAGAUAGCCCUGAAGAGGGCCUCAGUUUCUCCACUAUGAGCAAGGCUGCGGAAGCUUUUGGAGACGAAUUUCCGCAGUUCAAUGACAAGGAGUGCCACGAAUUGAAGACAACCCUCAUGAAAAUGGAAGGUGGCAGUCGCAAGCCAGGCCGUAUUCCGUUGUCUGAUUUCUACAACAGCAGCACAUACAGACACUGGAAUUUCACAGAGAGUCCAGAUUACCUCCGUGACCUUGGGGCACUGGACGAAUCUGAUGUGCAUCGGAAGUAUGUGAUUUUGGCAAAUUACAUCAGCAGUUUCAACAAUUGCGUCCGUGCUGACAGCCUCUACGCCAUUUGCUGCCGCAGCCCCUGUGAGCGUUUGAUGAAUGUGCUGGAAGAGAAGGUGGCUGCACCUUCAGCAGAUGCAACACUUCUUGCCAGCAUUGUGGCAAAUCUUUCGACUGAGACCGUGCCUGCUAGAGGUACAUUGGACCCAAAGCUGAUGGACCGUUUAGAAGACGUUGCACGACAAUCUGAAUCUGGUUCUGUGCCCCCUCACGGCCGCCUUUUUGCCCAGUGGAUGCAUCACGUUUUCCCUCGCGAAUGUCCAUAUCCUCAUGAGGCUGGGACAACGAAUCCUCAGACACCAGAUGAGUGGAUGAAGACAAAUGGAAGAAGCACACAGGUCUCCGCCCAACAGAUUGAGCAGAUCGCAAGGGACAGCUGCCCAGCCGACAAGAAGGAGGGUCUUCCGAGACACUGUGACAUGGAGAAUGCUGAGCUUCCCUGGAGCAACCGUGAAGACCGGGCAGAAUUGCUGAGUUCAUUGCAUGGUCCCAGAACCCAACUGAGCGGACACAAAUUCUUUGGGCGAGAGGAACAACUUGGAGACUCUUCAGAGGACUCGGUGCCUUUGCUCACGCUUCUGUCCUUUGUGGCCUUGCCAGCGAUGGUGCUUUCAGCGUACUUGCUGGACCACAUGCUGGGGCGAAACAGACAGCUGCAGCGACGUUGCUAUCUAUCUUUAGUCUCAGCCCUGGCCUUCAUUUGGGCAACCGUGCUUUGUUUGAUGUUCCACAUCGUGGAUAUGAAAGCUGCAACGGGAGCUGGCUUGGUCUUCCUUCUUUGGAGGCUUUUGGUAAGCCAUUGGAUUCCUGUCUCUGGUGGCAAGCUCAUCGAUUCUGCUGUAUGA